AUGUCCACAAGAGUCCGGAAAACUCAGUAUUUGCUGCGACUGCUUGCCAAUCCGAAGCUCUACAGUCUGCUAGGAAGUCCGUUCGAAGACCCGCUGAAGCUCGACUCGCUGCUGUCGACCGUCUGCUAUGGAUCGUUGUUUAUCUCUGAGCUUAUCAAAAGACGGCCAGAACUCGUGCAGAUUUUGAGUAGGCUCGCUAGAAAACUAAAGAUCCAAGGGCUACUCUCGCUCAUAAAGGCCUACAUACUCAAGAUACAACGCGCGCUCGAUCCCAAACAAUGUCUCUCUAUACAUAUUCCUCUAGACUCGUUGUCCACCAAGUUAAGACUCAUUUCGGACUAUAUUGCCGACGUCCGCAUCUUCAAUCGCAUGUGGGGCCUGCCCGGAUUGCUAGCGUUCGGCAUCGAAGACCUGCAUCGGAUACUCACAGCAGAUUCAAGCUUCAUCACAAAACUGCUGGAAGCCACAGGCACCAUAUCCAUCGUGGCGUACCAGCCGCUCGAAAAUGUCGCUUUUGCAGCCGAUCACAACUGGACACACCACGAGCAGUCGGCCUCGCUGCGGUACUACGUGGCAUCGUCGCGGUUGUGGGCCGUGUUUGUCGUGCUGGAGGUUGUCAAGCUCGUGAAGACCGUGGUUCAAACUAAACUCUCUGGCAAGCCGCUCGACCUCCUCCACAACCGCUCUCUGAACCGCUCGCUGGUCGCCAACAUCGCCAAUCUGCCGCUCACUGUGCAUUGGUCUUCGUAUGAUGGGUGUCUUAGUGACCUCACCGUGGGAUUCUUGGGCACCAUGUCCACUUUGCUCGACACAAUAGAUUCCUGGAGAGAAGUUUUUGCCCAGGUGCGCCAACUUUGA